UCAGUCAAAAAAACACUGUCGUCUAAACUGAUUUGAAGUUUCAAGGGUCACUGUGUUUUAGACAACACUGUUUACUCCAAAGUAGACUUAAGUGUCCUUAUACAAACGAAAGACAGAAAACGUUAAUGGGCGCGUUCCAAUUUGCACGUGAACAAUGCAGUGCACUGCUGUUAGGAAAAGUUCUCAUUUCUCAGCUGUUGAUGAAUUUAUCGAGUGACGUUUAGAGUAAUGCAAAGUAAGCAAAACAGUGCACCGAUGAAGGGGCAACCCAAACGAUCAGAGAGGACGGCUGGGGUCGAAAGAAAAUAAGAGGUGUCAUUGCAUCAAUUACGUGCAGGAAAGAGUGUUUAGAGGAUUCUGGUUAUGAGUCAGAUGAAUUUUUUAAGAGAGCUUCUGAAUUAAACAAAUGCAAUAACAUUAUCACAUUUUUCGGAGAGAUAACACUAUGAAGAAUCAAACAUUUUGAACACAACAAACCUCCGUCGAAGGCGAUUGUCCUAGAAACCGGAGCAAAUGUGAAUUCUCUGAUAUGAUUUUAUAUUUUCGAAUAGGUACCUGCAAAUGUCCAAUCUUUAUUCAUCCUGAUCAUAAAAUCCUGAUAUGAGGUGCCAGUGUUACUGAACUAUGACGACGUUUGUGAAGCAAGCAGUCAGAUACGAUUUUAUUCGUUGCGUGCAAUUACCAGCGGCACCAUUAUCAGUGAAUGUGUUUCUGGAAACCACUGUUAACAAACGGAGCCAUCAAUAUGACGGAUUAAUUCGGUAAGCGGCAUCUUUCAGCUGAUGUUAACUUCAAAGUAUAUAUUAGUACGCGUCAAGGGCAAACGUUGUUUUGCAUUAUUCCUUUUUAUAUAUAUCAGUGUUGAUUUUGGUCUAGUUGUGUUGACCUCGAGUUAACUCACUAAAGGCAAACAGAUUCUCAUAAAACAAUUAUUAAUAUUAAUAUCUGAAUCACUGAAAUUAGUAAUUUUGAACAUUUUCAGCCAGCUGGCGUUUGUUUCCCGUAAAUAAAAGUAAAACCAUUAAGAUAAUAAGUGAAAUUGCGGUUUAUCAAAAAGCGACGGAAAGAAAAACUAAACAUUAGAGAAGAAAAAUACUGGAUCAGUCGUCAUUUCCUGAUAAAUGCCUCGCACGUCAGAUGAAAUAAAACUUUCCAUUUAUACGUAGCUCUCCUCGGCUUACGUUAACUAGAAAAGCCACAAUGGAAGCCGAAAUAAUGGUUCGUGAUACUCCAUAAAUUCAUGUUAUACAAUCAAGCAAUAUUAAUAAAACAAUCAAGACGAGCGAUGUUCUACUUUACAUACAUUUAGCUUCGCAUGAUUUCUUAGCAAAAACAAAUCACUCUGACAACCAAUCGUUUACCUUUUAUCUAAUUUUUUUCUUUAAAUUAGGGCUCACUUUCUUUUAUCACCAUCGCAGGUUAAAAUGAGAUUUCACAAGGAAAGAGUGGUCGUCAGUGAGACGUUUUCUUCUCCACUCGAUUGUAUAAAACAAUGUGAUAUUAGGGGAGGUAAAAAAAAAAGAACAAAUUGAUCGCUUUAAUUAAAUGAGGGUGAGCUACACAUGUUGGCUUUUUGAAAACACUUUAAGACAUAUGUCCCAUAAUUGUAGAUUUAUUAGCGAGGAACCAGUUGCACGUCGUGAUUUUUGAACUGCCGUGAUUCAUCUGAAUCCGAUUGUAUAGAUUCGUAAACAGAGGCUCUAAAAAAUUGCAAAAACUAGAAUCUUUUCGCAAUGACAAAUUUUUCCACAAUUUACAUUUUUGAGUACACCUCGAUAAUUAAAGGGCCAAUAUCCUCAGUUGUUUGUUUCCGAAACACGGCAUUAACUGACGGACAUGAGACUAAUCCACCAUAUAGUGCUUUCUGAAAGUAAGCUGCUUACGUUAAACAAACCGCCACGAUAGCUUUUUAUUGGCUACCGCGUUUAUGGCUUGCGUGAGCGUACAAGGACUUCUCCAGCGUCACAGGUUGAUUACCAAUCCAACUUGGAAUCGUUUAAAACGAACAAAACUAAGUUGCCGCGAGGAAACUGAGAAGCGAACUAAGCCGUGGUAAGUCGGUCGCAGUUAUAUAAUCUGCGGUGAAAUCGUAGUACUCGUAUCUGAUAACGCGUCGCUGCAAUUCUUGGCUGUUUUUAUCCUCGUUUCAGACAAUAAAGAUUCGCAUCUAUUUGAAUUACAGUGCGAGAAGCAAUCACUACUAGCAUUAGAGGACAACUACAGUCGAAAUGACGACUGCGAAAAUUGUGAUACCUAUCAGCGUCUUGGCAGUUCUUGUUAUAAUCGCUAAUGGCGCAGUCUGCCUUCUCGUGUGUAUCAACAGGAAUCUAAGAACUUACACAAAUGGAUUCAUCGUUUCAUUGGCGGUGUCGGACAUUUUAGUAGGAGUGACUCUGUUCCUUCAGUACGCCUUAUCAGUGGUGUCGCCUGUAGCGCUCAAUAUCUUAUACACCACCGCCUUGGUAGGAAGCGUGGCCAAUUUAAGCGCUGUAACAUUUGACAGACACUUGGCUUGCAUGAAGCCAUUUAACUAUGCAGAGAUUAUUGCGAAGUACUUUGGGACAAUCGUGACUCUCUGUUGGCUUACAGCUGUGACCUCGGCUGUUCUUCCAGUCUGCUGGCUUGACAGCGAUGUGGCAGCUUUAGCUUUAAAGAUAUACCAAUUUUGUAUCCUGAUACUGGGCAUCGCGGCACCUUAUAUUUGGAUCUUCCUUUGCUACUUGCGAAUUUUCCGUCAAGUUCGAAAAAUCGUCAAAAGAGAGAAAGAAAUCACCAACUCUGUACACGGGAGAUCUCUCAACGAAUCAACAGCUAAUAGGGUAUCCUCGGAAGCGAAAGUCGCUAAAGUGUUCGGAGUGAUUGCCGUGAUGUUUGUUUUAAGCUGGUUACCAAUCAUCUGGACCACUUUGGUUUACGCUGUUGGCAAGCCACAUCUACUGCCCGAGGCCAUAACUGUUCUUUCUCCAUUUACCCUAGCUUUCGGUUCAAUCAUAAAUCCCGUCAUUUACUCAUUUAUGAAGCCGGAUUUCAGAACCGUAGGUAGAAAGCUCCUUUAUUCGAAUGCAUUACCUCAGUUUUCAUUUAAAGAUGAGAUUUGUUCCCAGAACAAAGAUGAAUUUCUUGGUAUAAGCCGAAUAACAGUUCCUUCUAUAGUACACUCUCAGUCUCUGGAACAACUAAAUAUUUAACAACUCUUUGCCUAAUGCAAGAAAAAAAAAAAAAAGGUUAAUAAAAUUAUGUAAAGGAAUAUAAAUGGAUUACAAGUCUAUUUACGAAUCUAAAGAAAGAAAACAGCUGGCGCAACGGCCAAUGAUUUGAAUCAGU